ACGAAAUACGCAUCAUAUAGACGGAAGCCUUAUUCUUUAAUUUACAAGUUGAUCAACAGAAAGAGAUGAGAGUGAUGAUCGAGAUGGACUGUCGUUUCUACAUCUCGCUGCUCUUCUUGGGAGAACGGAUCAAGUAGUGGCGUUGUUAGAAGAUGAAAACAAAGAUCUUCCAGAUGCUCGAGCUAAGAGAACGCCCCUCAUUUGGGCGGUGGUUGGCGAUCACCCUGACACAGUGUAUUACCUACUGAAACAAGGAUGUGAUCCGACCUUGGCAGAUAAAUAUGGCAGACGAGCACUCUGCUAUGUGUUGUCCCAUGGCUGGAACAAUAUUCUGAGGGGGAGCAGGUAUCUGGACACCCUCACGGUGUUCUGUAGUCGAUACUUGAAACGGAAUUCAAUUUAUUCUGCUAUCUACCACUGCUCCAAACAGAUAAACUCUGAUGAGGGAGAGGUAGAUAAGGAGAUCGUAUCUUCCAGUGAUGCGUCAGGGGAGGAAUUGUUUAGCUUCGGUUGUCAGAGAUAUGAGGAUCCUUUAACUAUCGCAGUGCAGACAUGCGAUGUUAAAGUUGUAGCUAGACUUUUACUCUACGGAGCUGGACUGAACGUUACACCCUGUCCUCUACAGUCCUAUCCUGAAGAUCAGUCUAAAGAGGUAUUCGCUUGGAUGUUGCUAAUGUUCAUUGCUGUUGGUUAUGAAUUCUCUGACGAUGACAGAAGAAAGAUAAAAGCUAAAUUGUCUGGAGUCGAAAGAGAACUUUUCACGAGAUAUCUUGAGGCUAACUCGAUGUGUUUAGAGGAAAUAGGAGACACCAUUCCGAUAAAUCCGUUGAAGAUGGUGUUAGAUAGGAAUGAUAAGAAAGAUUUUAACGAUGUUGUAAAGGUAAUGAUGAUAGGUGAAGUGAAGGCUCAUUUCCUUCCUCAGGAUUCCAUUGACAUAAACGUCAGACAGGUGUUGCAUUGUGUACGCAAGAACUGUCACACUUCAAACAUGACAGUAUCAGCAGUUCUGGAGAUAACUAAUUUAUUGGACGGUAAAACUCAGAAGAAGGGGUCUAGCAAGCUUAGUCAGAAGAUUCGAUCUGGAACUCAGUCGUUCACAAAACUUCUAAGGAUGAAACCGAGUCAAGUAGCAAUCCUUAUCUUUCUGUUUGGACUCUUCUCUGAAUUCGCCAUAGGAAUCUUCAUGUACUAUCUAGACGUGAUAUCAGACGUGCUGCUAGCAGUGGAGUUGUAUGAGAAAGACUCAGAUCUGACUAGCUACACUAACCAGGCCACUCAAGUCCUCUGUUUUACUUUCAUUCCCCAGGGUCUCAUCGGCAUUUUUCUAGGGGUUCAAUAUCUGAAGAAACGCGAUAUGAUGAACGUUAUUUUCUCUCUGCUGUGCUUUGUUGGUCUUGGGCCGGUGGUUGUAGCUUUCGAAUGUGUCGCAACUAGUAUGAAGUGGUAUAAUGAAGGUCACAUCCUUGAAUCACACGAAGAUAGAGAGAAGAGGGCGAAAAAGAAACAAAAACAGGAAAAGAAACCGAAGCAAAAUCCUUCGAACAGGUUCUCUCCCCCAGAAGGGCCACCUGGCGCCCCCUUUGAACCAGAGUGGACCCACCCUCUGGAUAAGGAGCAAAAACCCCCGAAAUCUGGGCGUGAUGAUCAUCCUAAACCUCUCAAGGAUCUGUUAGACGAGCAGAUAGAACGCUGGAACGCCAUUCGUAUCUGGGAGGCUUCACUGGAGAGCGGCCCUGAAAUACUUCUCCAACUGUACAUCGCCAUGUGCACCAACACAUACAGUAUUCUCUCGUUAGCUCUGUCAUUUUUUAGCCUGGUUCAGGCUGCUGCUGAGUACUAUUACUGCAAAGCUUCGGGUGCAAUAGGGAUCCCCCACCUAAUAAUCCUCUCCUCCACCACCACCCUCUUCCUCAUAUCACGUCUCCUCUCUGCCUUCUCCUUCAUCUUCAAGUACGGAGUAGUCAUCCUCUUCCCUCUAGCUGUGUUCUUUGUUACGAUAGUCGUGGACAUUGCCGUUAACUGGGAGAAAGUGGAGAAUAAGGUCCUCCAUGUCACUACUUACCUUUCCAGUCUCUUCAUUCUCGUCCGAUCAAAAUUCGAGCGGAAUUCUUCCGGGCAGCAGAUUAUGUUUUACAUGCUGAUGAUAAUAAGCAAUGGUCUGUUGGUGAUUCAUGUUGUUUACCCUCCUACCGUUGGAACCUCACGGGAACAAUGUGACUUGUGUCAUCAGAGGAACUGCACUUACGAGAUCUCAGACCUUACGAACCAGUCAACAUUGUCCAGUGUGACUUAUAACAAGGAUACGCUGGUCUACAAGUUUUACGGUGAGGAUCCCCUGGACAGCUGGGAGUUUACGGUUGUCAUGCCAGCUAUCAUCCUUUCUUCUUUCGUUGUUGGAAUCUGUGGGUUAGUAUACUACCAACAUUGGCUGCAUCCUUGGAGACACAUCAUAGCAACAGAGCCUCGAUUCAAAACUAAGGAUCCAGCCGACUACUCCUCCAAAUUCCUUGCUGGGACCCUGGUAGCAACGGUUUUUGCAGUUGGGGAUCUGAUACUCCUGGGUGGUAUCUGCCUGAAAUCUUAUCCAGAUGAUACCUUGCGGGGCGUGCUGUACUUCGUGUUUCCAUACGUUGUUACUGCCGUAUCCAUGGUGUUCUUUGUUAUGAUCCUUACCUUUAGUCCCAUGAAGAUCUCAGACAAUCUUAAAUUAAAAGCAAUAGGACGACCGAAUUUCAUACUGACCGGUCUGAUAAACAUCUACAAAAUAUCUGGGAUUCAGGGUUCAAUAUUAGUUGGAAUCUUAAAGUUCUACAGAGAUGACCUGAAUGACGGUAUGUUGGAUCUUUACAUAGGACUUUACAUAGCUUGCGUCCUGCUUGGGGUUCUCACAACCGUUUGGCUCUACAUGGACAGUUCACUGAAACGUAAAUUACAGGGCAGAUUAGGUCAUCUUAACACUGUCAGUGAUAUUUGGAGAGGCGCCAAGAACAACGUCCUGUCGGUUGAUCAGAGAGGUUUAAGUCUGAGCCGCAAUCGUCCUCGCCCCCCAGUAUUUGAUGAGACCCCACCCAACACCCCACCAGCACUACCAGAUAGAAAAUCUAGUUUGGAUGCUGGUAUCAGAAAACCUGAACCGAUCAAGACGCGGCAGAGCGAGACACCACUACCUCCUCCUGGACAUACACAGCAGAAUAAUGAUAAUAAUAAGCAACCCCCUCAGAUUCGACCACCACCUCCUCCCGCAAGCCAUCCAUCAGGAGCUAAAAAGGGUCCUCAACUUAAAAAUGGUAACCCAUAUAAUUCCAGAAAAGGACCAAAAGGUCCACCAACAAAGGGACCUGCUCCCCCAAAAGGGCGUCCUAUUAAGCUGAAGGAUCACCCUCCAUCUGAACCAGCCCAGCUACCACCUAUGGUGGGUCCAGGAGGACACCGUGGUAUGCCACCAAGGAGGCAGCGUCCACCACCGCGUAGGUAAUUCUUAUUCGAGUGAAUUGUGAUCAUAAAUAGAACAUCAGACUUCAGGUUGCAAUCAUCCGACUAAAGAAUGUUGAAAGCGGUCAAAGAUGCAUAGCAGGGUGAAAGUGCCCACUGUAUGACUAGAUUCUAGCAUUCUGGUAACAUGAAUGAACUUGUCGCCAGUUUCUGAACACUUGUUGAGGGGGUAGCAAAUUGAACUUGUCUGAAUUUUGUCAAGACUUGCAACCAGUAAAAUUUAGCACGUGUUCCUUCUAUACUAUAUUUAACAUUAUCAGCACAUAGUUUUAUUGGUGAAGGCACUAGUAGUCUUGUAGAAAGAGCACAUAUUUUAUUUUACAAUGUGUGAGUUUGUAUCACUUGUUUAGAUUAAAACAAAAACGCGAAA